AUGGCCAGUGGCAAGACCCCCCGGCCCAUGAGGUCCUCCAGAAGGGCGGAUGGAUUCCAGAGCAGAGUGGUAGCAUCUCGUAAUCCCAAGCUGUUCUCAGCCGUUGAGCGGGACCAGAGGUCGUUCCAGCCUUUCCCAUCCGAGGUGGUGUUUGAGAACUACAUUCCCCACCAGUUCUACAUAGCGUCGCUAGCUCUGAGGAACAAAGACAGGGUUCCUCGUCUGCUGAACGUCAUCCUGGGGAACUCUCCUUACUUUGAGUUGAUCAGCCCGAGUGAUGAGGACUAUAAGGUAGCCCCGGGCACGUCUUCAACCUACCGCAUCCUUUUCCGACCUGAUGAGAACAAGGAUUAUUUUGAGGAGCUUAUCAUCAUCACAGAGAGGGAGAAGUUCUUUGUGCCUAUCCGAGCCAUAGGUGCCCGAGCCAGCCUGGACUUCCCUGAGCAGCUGAACUUCUCCGAGUGUCCAGUCAGGUUCAGCACCCAGAAGACUCUGCUGGUGCGCAACGUGGGGAAGCGGGAGGCUUGCUACAGCAUCACCACUCUGAGGUAA